AUGUUGGAAGUUCUGCUGAACAUGCGACAGCGCAACCAGCGAAGAAACAGCGUGUUUAUGCUCAAUAUUUACAGUAAUCCCAGGGACUCCCGACAGCAGUUCAAGACGAUACUCAAGAAGUCCGUCGACCUGGCCGGCACCCAUCCCCUUGUCGUCGUCGGGGACUUCAAUGCCCCGUACGGACUAUGGGGCUACGUCUACGACACGAGCAAGGGCCGGCGUCUGUGGCAGAACGCCAACGAAAUGGACCUCACGCUCAUCACGGACAAGGCGCUCCCGACCCGAAUCGGCAACUCAGUGACCAGGGACACCACCCCCGAUCUGGCGUUCGUGAAGAACGUUGACGGAGCCGAGUGGAGUAACACCGCAAUGGAUUUUGCCCAUCUGAUUGAGGCCAAGCAGGCGCUGCUCCUCCGAUGGAAGGGACAAAGGUUCAACCGCAGACUGCGGAAAAAGAUCUCAGAGCUCAACAAGACCAUCGAAGAUCACUGUCGGACCCUGUGCAAGCAGCAAUGGGACGAGGUCUGCGACUCGCAAAGCCUCGGGGACGAGCUGGUUGCCAAACUCAUGGAGAAGUAUCUGCCCGUAAAGCACGGCGAUGAGGAGUUCCAAUUUCCCGAGUACCUCGGCCCGGCCCGUCCGGAGCUGGACGAAGACUUCACCGUGGCGGAAGUCAGGCAAGCCAUUUUUGCACUCAACAGCAAGUCGGCGCCGGGUCCCGACGGCAUCACCAAUAAGAUGCUGCGGAAUCUCGACGACCGUUCGAUCGAAUACCUCACCGAGAAGAUCAAUGAGACGUGGAGAAACGGCAGUGUUCCAGAAAAAUGGAAGAUGGCCAACACCGUCCUGAUCCCCAAACCAGGCAAGGCUCCGAAUGUUGAUAACCUCCAGCCCAUCUCUCUCACGUCUUGCGUCGGGAAAGUGGCGGAGCACGUCGUCCUCAACAGACUACGCAGAUAUCUCGAAGACAACAACGUCUAUACCCACAACAUAAUUGGCUUCCGAGCCGGCCUGUCGACGCAGGACGCCAUGAAGAUGAUCAAACAUCAAAUCAUCGACCACAAUACCAGGGACACCAGGGCCCUGCUCGGACUCGACCUCGAGAAGGCGUUUGACAACGCUCUCUAUGCAUACAUCCUGGCUUCUGUCGCGGACCUCGAGCUGGGCCCCAGACUGUAUUACUACGUCCGUUCGUUCCUGACCGGAAGGAAAGCGAAGCUGCGAUUUAGCGACUUCGUCUCCGACGAAGUGCUCCUGGGCCCACGGGGUACGCCGCAAGGCUCUGUCAUUUCGCCCACUCUCUUCAACAUCUGCAUGGUCGGACUCUCGAGGAAGCUGGCCCAAGUCGAAGGUAUCAAACAUACUAUCUACGCCUAUGACAUCACGAUCUGGUGCACCGGCGGUAGUGAAGGGCAAGUAGAAAGUGCCAUGCAAGAGGCCGCAGACGUCACGGAAGAGUACCUGCUACCCACCGUACUAAGGUGCUCCCCGACCAAAUCCGAGCUGCUGCUUUACAGAAAAGAAAAAGGGGGCAGACCCAAGGGCUGGAAGCCCGUCUCCGAAAGUGACAUUCACCUGUUCACUCGGAGCGGCGACCCGAUACCCAGGGUCGACACGAUCAGAGUCCUGGGUAUGUUCAUCGAAUCGCGUGGCGGCAACGGCACUGCGUUGCGCAAGAUCAUCGAAAAAACCGAUAACGCUUUUCGCCUCGUUCGAAGGGUCACGAACAGACGUCGAGGCCUCAAGGAGGACAACCUGCUUCGGCUCAUAAACGUCUUUGUGCUGUGUCACUUCACCUACACGGUGGCCAUGCACAACUGGCUCAGAGCAGAGCGGGACAAGCUGAAUGCCCUCAUUAGAAAAAUCGUCAAGCGAGCACUCGGGCUGCCCAUCAGAACGCACACCGAGUACCUCCUCCGGCUCGGCAUACACAACACCAUGGAGGAAAUUGCCGAGGCUCAGGAACGGGCCCAGCUAACUCGGCUGUCCACCACGCCGGCCGGUAGGCGGAUUCUAGAGAUCCGACUCGCCCCCACCAAGAACUUGGCUAGCAACACCCAAAUCCCCAGAGAAAUAAGAGAGAAGCUUGUCGUCGCUCCGCUGCCCCGCAAUGUGCAUCCUGUGCACAACGCAGGUCGUCGCAAGGCAACAGCGUCAAAGAUACUAAAGCAGAUCGCCAAUGACAAGACUGAAGCAAGCUUCGUGGACGCCGCCGCGUACCGAGACGGCAAGGCUUUUGCGGUUUCCGUCGUGGACACGCUGGGCAAAGUCAUCAACUGUGCCUCGAUUCGAACGACGGACCCCGAGGUGGCCGAGCAAGUGGCCAUUGCACUCGCCAUGCAAGAUGGUCGGAGAGACAACGUGUAUAGCGAUUCGAAAGCGGCCGUCAGGGCAUUCCAGAAAGGCCGGGUUGCCCGGCAUGUAGUUGAAAUUCUGAAAGGCUGCAAAAACAGCGACAGCUCCACACACUCCAUCUUUUGGUUCCCUGCCCACGUCGGGCCGAUCGAAGGGGUUCCUCUGAACCUCAACGAGUCUGCCCACGAGACUGCGCGUGGCUUUACCGACCGCGCUGCCCUCGGAUCGGGCGACUUUCCCCCCGGACACAGGGACGCUCCUAGCACGACAGGCUCGGCUAUCCACACGGCUAUCCAGGCACGCUAG